UAAUCGAACUGCAGUUCACUCAAGGUACUGUUGUAAGUAACAUAAUAUGGAACCAACACGAAAUUGGAACUGCAGAGUUAGUUGCAAUUGAGUUGGACACUAAUAAUUUUUCUGCUUUUAUCGGUUGUUGGUUUCUGUGUGCAUUAAGCUUUUUCAAUGUAGCAGAAAUAUCUAACAGACAAUACAGGGAUAACGAUUAACUACUCACGCGAAUUGCAGCGUUAAAAUCCGAACACUGUUGAGUCAUUCACAAUGACGGAAUACUGGACACUGGCCGAUUGGAUGUGGUGGUUCAUCCGUUUUGCGAUGGACUUCGUGUCCAGUCUGGUCUUCAGUAUAUUCACGUGGAUCUUCGGUACGAGACAACGUCUGCCACCAAUUCGAUCGCAAUUGCUACUUCAAAGCGCCAUUUCCACGGCUAAACGAAUCCGCGCCGGCGAAAUCUCCAGUUUGGACGUAACUGAAGCGUACAUCCAACGCAUGAAGGAUGUCAAUCCUAUCGUCAACGGAAUGGUUGCCGACAGAUUCGAAGCAGCCAGACGGGAAGCUAGCGAACUGGACCGACGCUUACGCAGCACCGGUUUUGACAAUCUGGACCAAUCAGAAUUUUCCGAAGAACGUCAACCGUUUCUCGGCGUCCCCAUAUCGGUGAAGGAGAGCUGGAUGGUUAAAGGGAUGCCGUUCACGGCUGGUACACCGGCAAGGAAAGGGAUCGUGGCGGAGGAGGACUGUGAGGCUGUACGACGACUUCGCGAUGCCGGUGCCAUAAUUUUGGGUGUGACCAAUAUCCCAGAGAUCUGCAUGUGGUGGGAGACUAAUAACAAGUUGUACGGGCGCAGCAACAACCCUUACGAUCCCAACCGGGCAACUGGCGGUUCGUCGGGCGGCGAGGGCGUCAUUGUCGGGGCAGCCGGAUCACCGUGCGGAUUGGGUUCGGAUAUCGGUGGCAGUAUUCGGAUGCCGGCCUUUUUCUGUGGGGUCUUCGGCCACAAACCCACCCGCGGACUGACGCCUCUGGAAGGCAAGUAUCCGCCGGCCACAGAUGAGUCAGCGCGGUUUGCGACUGUUGGACCGUUGUGUCGUUACGCGGAGGACCUGGCGCCAUUCUGUAAAGUUUUAUUGGGACCGAAUGCGACGGCCUUAUCUCUGGACACGGAAGUCGAUUUGUCGAAACUGCGCGUCCACUAUCUACUGCAGAUCGAAAAUCCCUUCGUCACACCCGUGGAGCAGUGCAUCAAAGAUGCCGUACUGAAGGCGGUCUCGCAUCUGACCGGACAGUUCAAAGCUCAGCUAGUCCCGGAAAAAGAUUUUAAGAGUCGAAUGGCAGAUCUUCGUUAUGCUUCGGAUAUCUGGAAAGCCGAGAUCAUCCACAACCCGACCCACAGUUAUGCUGCCGAUAUGGUUAACGGAAAGGGAAAACUGGAUCCCGUUCGGGAGUUCGGCCGCCUCCUUUGUGGACGGUCCGAACACACUCUGAUUGCUCUGUAUCUGGCUUGGGUGGAACAGCACAAACCGGAUCCAGCUUUCCGAAGCUAUUAUUGUGAAAUGAGAAACAGGCUGGAAAGUGAAUUUAGGAAAAUUCUUGGCGAUGACGGUAUACUAAUCCUUCCCACACAUCCUCACACUGCACCCUACCACAACAGAGCCCUGGCCAUGCAUAUGAAUUUUAUCUAUACGUCUGUUUUUAAUGCCAUUGGACUGCCCAGUACCCACGUCCCAAUGGGAUUGGACAAACAUGGACUACCGUAUGGUAUCCAGGUGGUCAGCAAUUUCCAACAGGAUCGUUUGUCCCUAGCAGUCGCACGGCAAUUAGAAAAGGCGUUUGGCGGAUGGAGAUCACCUUAGAGCUCAAGGAUCACUGGGAUAACUGCUUACAUUGUUUCUAAGUAUUACUUAUUACUUCAUAAUGGGCGAAGAAAGGACCUGCUAAAACAACACAAUCUGCAUCGUUUUUUAUGCGUUAGAUCUUGACUAUAUGGCCACUUCUUUAUUCUUAUCUUCAGAAUGGGUUUGGGUAAAUAGGCGGAUGCGCUUUAUUCAAUGAAAAUGUUAAAAAAAUAUGAGCUAUGGAAUUUCCCAGUACCUAAAAGCCGUUGACCAUCAUUG